AUGGCGUCGAAACAACCUCAGACGCUGAGCGUCGGCACCGUGGAGAGCGGCCGCGUCGCCAGGCUGGUCUCCGCCAGCUCCGUGAUGACGCAGCAGCUGGGAAAGAGCACAAAUAUUCGCAUGUCCCAGAUUUUGGAGCCGCGCUCUGAAGAAGAUUGGACUGCGCACCGUACGCGCAUUGUCUGCACAAUGGGCCCGGCAUGCUGGAAUGUCGACACACUCGUUAAGAUGAUCGAUGCGGGCAUGAAUGUUUGCCGCCUGAACUUCUCUCACGGAGACCAUGAGACGCACGCACGCACUGUCCAAAACAUCCAGGAAGCCAUGAAACAGAGACCGGAAGCGCGUUUGGCAAUUCUCCUUGACACCAAGGGGCCUGAAAUCCGCACUGGAUUCUUGAAGGACCACAAGCCCAUCACCUUGCAGCAGGGAGCCUCUCUGAAGAUCGUGACGGACUACAACUUCAUUGGCGACGAGACAACGAUUGCGUGCUCCUACGCCGCCCUUCCUCAGUCGGUGAAGCCAGGCAACACCAUCCUCAUUGCGGACGGCUCGCUCUCCGUCAAGGUCGUCGAAGUUGGAAGCGAUUAUGUCAUCGCUCAGGCGCAGAACACCGCCACAAUUGGCGAGCGGAAGAACAUGAAUCUUCCCAACGUCAAGGUCCAGCUGCCCGUCAUUGGCGAGAAGGACAAGCACGACAUCCUGAACUUUGGCAUUCCCAUGGGAUGCAACUUCAUUGCUGCUUCCUUCGUCCAGAGCGCCGACGACGUGCGUUACAUUCGUGGACUUCUUGGGCCCCGAGGUCGCCACAUUCGUAUUAUUCCCAAGAUCGAAAACGUGGAAGGACUCAUCAACUUUGACGAGAUUCUCGCGGAAGCGGACGGUAUCAUGAUUGCCCGCGGCGACUUGGGAAUGGAGAUUCCCCCCGAGAAGGUUUUCCUCGCCCAGAAGAUGAUGAUUGCCAAGUGCAAUGUCGUCGGAAAGCCCGUGAUUACAGCGACGCAGAUGCUGGAAAGCAUGAUCAAGAACCCUCGCCCGACGCGUGCAGAAGCAGCUGAUGUGGCGAACGCGGUUUUGGAUGGCACAGAUUGUGUUAUGCUCUCUGGGGAGACCGCCAACGGCGAGUUCCCGGUGAUCACCGUGGAGACGAUGGCCCGCAUCUGCUACGAAGCAGAGACGUGCGUGGAUUACCCUGCCCUGUACCGCGCCAUGUGCUUGGCAGUUCCGCCCCCCAUUUCGACGCAAGAAGCGGUUGCAAGAGCCGCCGUCGAGACUGCAGAGUGCGUCAACGCCGCGAUCAUCUUGGCCUUGACUGAGACUGGCCAGACGGCGCGCCUGAUCGCCAAGUACCGCCCGAUGCAGCCUAUCCUGGCGCUGAGUGCUUCCGAGAGCACCAUCAAGCACCUGCAAGUCAUCCGCGGGGUGACGACGAUGCAGGUUCCGUCGUUCCAGGGAACGGACCACGUGAUCCGAAACGCCAUUGUCGUGGCCAAGGAGAGAGAACUCGUCACAGAAGGAGAGAGCAUUGUCGCAGUGCACGGCAUGAAGGAAGAGGUUGCCGGCUCCAGCAACCUCCUCAAGGUUCUUAUUGUGGAGUAA